AUGGCUUCCACCAUGUUUCUCCAUACAUUCCUCUCCAACUUCCCCGCACCAGCUGUUAUCAAGCGGGCCAUCUCCAAAUGUCUCUCCUGCAAGUUGGUCGUCGAUAUACACCUCAAAGUGCUGACAUCUCUGCUGGGAAUCAGCUACCAAGAAAACACUAUCCUCAGGGAUGUCGACAACGCCGGAGACGAUCUCUUGCCAACCUCGAACACUCAAUCUACUCAUCUUCCGCACCUUAUAAUACACACAAUGAGAACUUCAAGCAUCCUCAUCCUCGGUUUGGCCACAAACGCCCUUGCCUUCAAUCCACAACAAGUUCUCAGCGCGCUCGAUCUCCCCGGGAGCUCUUACCAGUGCGACAACGGCGCGAAGCCAGCAGUCGUUUGCAACGAUGCAUCGUCUGACAAACACAACUGCUCUUGUACUUGCACCAACGGCAUCAAGUUUGACCAACCUCUCGACCCUUUCUCCUCUGCCACCAAUGGAGGCAGCAGCCAAGUGGCCCACGAUGCUGAGUGCAAGGCCGAUAAAGAUUUCUGUCUUGAGCGUGAGCAACAAUUGAUGACCAAGAUCACGGAGCUCACAGACAGCGAGCAAAAGCACGUUGCACGCGAACAGGAAUUACUGGACCAACUCAGUACCUACCAGAAGAAGACGACCACUUACCUGGGUUGUCUCGUCGACAGUAACAAUCGAGUGCUGGGUGACAAGAGCUUCCUGAACCAAGCUGACUUGACCGUGGACAAAUGCGAAACUUUAUGCGCAGGAUUCAAGUACUUUGGUGUUCAGUUUGGCAAAGAGUGCUACUGUGGAAACACGUUCAAGUACGCGACGCAACACAAGCCAGAGUCUGAUUGUAGCCGUCCUUGCACGGGUGACGCGAACCAGAAAUGCGGAGGUGGACAUAGGAGCAACGUUUAUGCGAAGAUUAAUUAG